UGUGCACAAUGAAUAUACAAGGAAUGAAUCCCAGAUUUAUUGGAACACCAAGAGAAAAGUUCUCAUUUUUCAACACUUUAUUAUGCUUAGUAAAAUCUUUGCAAGGCCAAUGUGUAACUGUUGAUCUUCGCAAUGACUCUUAUGUAUGUGGACUUCUUCUUACAGUGGAUGGAUUUAUGAACUUGUCAUUUUCAACCGCUGUAUAUUGUGAUCCACAAGGAAAUGAAUUUUUCUUUGAGAAUAUUUUUGUUCAAUGUCGCAACAUUAGAUAUGUGCACAUACCGGAACAUGUAUCAAUAAUAAAUAAUAUUAAGAAUGAGGUAGCAAAAGAAGUUAGGAAUAAACCCACCGGGAGAGCAAUGGAUAAGUCAAGGAAAGCUAAGAAGGCAUAUAACCAACAUAUGCAGACAGUGGCAUCACUUCAUAGACAUUGAAUAAAACACCACUGAUAAAUGAAAACUGAUAUUUUGUAUUACUUUACACA